CGGAGAAUGUCCGAUCGCAGAUUACAACCAGGAUUUAUCACAGAGAUUAAACCAUCUGCUUGAGUAAAAGUCUGCAAAAGGACAUGGAACUUGCUCAGAUCUUCAUUCUGGCGCUGUGCGUCGUGUCCGUGACGAUGAGACGUUGCUACAAUAAGACCGAGCUGGAGGAGAAGGCGCUGAAGAUGCUGAAGAACUUCCAACCGCCCCCUAACGUGACACCGUCUCCGAACUCUUCCUCUGGCUGCCCGGUGGAGUCCUUCAAGAGCCUGGCCUCCGGGUUCCAGAAUGACCGCUCCAUAUCUCCCUGGAAAUACGAGACAGUGGAGGUCCCUGAGUUCUACCCCCAGACGUACACCCAGGCUGUGUGUCUUUGCCAGGGUUGCAUCAUGGUGAACAGCAGUGGCUCGGUGAUAGAGGACUACAGCUACAACUCAGCUAAGCUGAAUAUCUCCUGGAUGUUCGUGAAGAGGGAAAAAUGUCAGAAAGGCGGGUACAAGCUGAACCUGGUGAGACAAGAUGUGACUGUGGGCUGCACCUGCGUCAAGCCGUCCUUGUCGCACUCACCCCCAAUCCCAGCAACUCCUGCGGGCGUGGAGCUCAUGGCGGCACCACCUCUAUGAGGUUCUGAGGACAUAUUUAUUAUCUAUUUAUUUAUCCAAGUUACGAUGGGUUGGUCUCUCUUAUAACUAGUGUGAAGCUCUGCAUAGUGCAGCUAAUGACGGGUAUUAAAUACCCGAUUCUACAACUGAUGAUGUUUCAUCAAAAAAAAAAGCUAUUGUG